CUCAGACCCCGACAUGGCCCUCAAGAGUCCUCCCAAGUAUGACUUCAACUGGAACGUCAAGGACGACUAUUCCGGCAACGACUACGGCCACCAGGAGGCGCGCGACGGCUACGACACUCAGGGAUCCUACUACGUGCAGCUGCCCGACGGCCGCCUGCAGGAGGUCACCUACACCGUCAACGGCGACUCAGGCUUCGUGGCCCAGGUUAACUACCAGGGCGAGGCCCAGUACCCAGCACAGCAGGGCUACGGCUCCUCCCCGUCCUACCAGGCCCCCGCCCCGUCCUACCAGCAGCCCCGUCCGUCCUACGCGUAAUGCUCCUCCUGACUGACGGCCAAGUCUUUCUGUCUUUGUAAAUAUUUCAUCACACCAGUGCGUGUCUGCUUCCCACACACUAAUAAACCAAUGCGAUAAU